AUGGCAGAGGUUGUUCCUGAAGAUAUUGACUUAGUCUUAAUGUGUACUUCCACUCCAUUUGGUGCUGCUCCACAGUUGAAAUGCGAUCGGAAGUCAAGGGAGGAUUUGAAGAAAAAAGAUUGUGAUAAUUUCCAUGGAGAGAUGCAUGAGGGUGGUUUUGAAUGA